UACGCACGCCGUAUGUGUCAAUGUGGCUGUUAUCCUCUCAUGAUGUGUGAGAUCAGUACCAAAACAGUAGUAAGUAAAAAUAAAAAAUAAUAAUGGAAGAUGAGCAUCCAGUCCAGGUUAAAAACAAUAGCGGCUCCCUUUGUACUUUCUUUAACGCAGCAGCGGACGACUAUCGAUGUUCCUCAUUUUAAUCCUCAGGAUGUGAUUCUAAAAGUGAAAAGAGCCACAGGGACAUUUUCACUGGUAGCAUGUCUUUUCAUGCUCUUCGCAAUAUGGCUGCUGCGCCGAUAUAACUCUUUGGCUCAGAAAAUGAUAGUCAGUCUGACAGUAGCUGCAUUUUUUGACAGUGUUGCAUAUGUUAUGGGAGAGUCUCAUCCAGGGGAGUCUCUGUGUGAUUUUCAAGCCUGGUGGCUCACAUAUUUUGACUGGAGUGCUCUGGCCUGGGUGUGUCUUAUUACUGUCAAUCUGUACCUGAACCUGGUGAGAGAAAUCAGAACUGAACAUUAUGAGAUACUAUACCAUGUCGUGGCAUGGGGGGUUCCUCUGCUCAUGUCUAGCCUCCCCCUGGUGGCUGGAUACUAUGGUCCUGCUGGCGCCUGGUGCUGGAUUACUGAUGAACAUGUUGCGUGGAGGUUUGGCAUAUGGUACGUCCCGCUGUUUACGCUGAUUAUCCUCAUGAUCUGCUGUUACGCUCGAAUCAUCUGUGUGGCCAAUGAACGGAUGCGUUCCUGGUUAGGCACCUUUAACCCAGAAAGAGAGAGAAGGAAGAUAUCUCUAGCUGAAGAGAUCAGACCGCUGAAGUGGUAUCCCUCUGUCUAUCUGCUCGUCUCUAUCUUCCCCCUCAUAAAUCGACUGCAUAAUGCUGCUUGCCCAGAAGACCCUGUGUUUUCACUGACUCUACUGCACGUUCUCAGUGCACCCUUGCAUGGGCUUGCCAAUGCUCUGGUCUUUGGUAGGGACACCUGGAGUCAACUGAGUAAGACAGGAAUAAAGAUGGCACUCCAGUCUCGACUGUGUGACAGUACACGGAUCGGAGAGUAUUACCCAGCGAGUGUAAGAUACACACAUGAGCUCAGUACAAACUCUGAUUCUGACGAUGAGGACAAUAAUGUCCUCUUUUACAGCCCGGACAUGAUUUUGAAAGACAGGGGAACCUGGGAGAGUGUUUAGGAAAGACGUUUGUGUUUGUGUAUAUCUUUACACUCCUUGCCUUUGAACCCUUUAAUUAAAUAGUUUAUUAUACAGAAAAGAAAAUCAUUGAUAGAAGUCUUCCUAUACCUACAAUAAUGGAUAAUAGCAUAGCAAUUAUGAGUACUGUAUUAAUAUGGAAAUGAAGCUUUUCAAACAAGUAUUCUACCACCUUAAUAUUAGAUGGUUUGUUGUAUAAAAUGGAAUUGCUCUUUUGUAAAGCCCUUUCUAUUCUAUUCAGCUGUAUAUUUCAGACAGAUAUACUGUCAGAGAUUUAUCUUAUUGACCUUAAGAUUGAGCAUGUUUUAUUAUUAUAUUUAUGAAUAUGUAUGCUUUAUUUUUGUAUUGGUUGAAGAUUCAACGAAUUUGAAAUACAAAUAUAAUAACUUUCUAUUAUGUCUCUGUGUGUGUGUGUCAUUUAGUAGUGCAGUGAGCUGGCACUCUCAGCUAAUUAGCUAAUUAACUUUAAGUUCAAUUUAAUUAACUCUACAUUUCAAAUGUCUUAGCACUUAUAAAAUCAGGAUGAUUCAUUAAAGACAUGUGGAAUAAAACUGAUGAGUCACUUGAGCAGCUUAAGACAUGCUUCAUAGAAAAGGGUUAUAAAAGCUACUCAGAAUAACUAGAGAUAUAGACUCAAGAGUAUGACUAGCAUGGGUGUCUUUAAAUGAAUUAUGCUGAAUUAUGUAACUCUGUAUUACGAAAGGCUUUUAAAACAAUACUGUCAUCUAGUGGACAAAAGUGUAAUAAAUUUAAUUGAAAAGGGUCUUUAUGUGAAAAAAAUAAAAUUGAAAAUAAAACAGACGCCAAAAUGGUAAUCAGCUAUUUAUUUUUUUUAAUGUUAUUUAAUGUAUUAAAUAAGCUUUACAUAUAAGGAGACCUGAUAUUGUCUUUGUCCGUGCUCAUGAUUGGCUUUUUUAUGUUAUGUCAUCUAAACGCAUUAAACAGCGAUUGGUGAACACCUCAACGAAUGUGAUGAGAAAACCAAUCAUUGACGAGUGCGAGUUGACAAAAGAAGAGAAAUGCAACAGUAAUCAUACACAGUUUCAUAACAACAGCUGUUGAAAAUACUUGAACAGCCAAGGCGCUUCCGGAACAACAUCAAGAACAUUCACAACAUACAAACGGGGUUUUUCUGGGCUUCCAAACAUUUGAUCAAGGCAAAUAUUUUAUAAUUGUUCAGACACGGUAGAAACUGUACAUUCUGUACACCAUGGUAUGACUUCUGAUCAAAGCCAGCGUUUACGUGGUGCGCAAAAUCAGCGCUGCCCUUAAAGAUGGAGAGCAGACAGAACAACCUGUGCUCACACCAUGUGACCUGGCUAAAAGAAAAAAGGAGCGCUUUGCAACAGAUGCAGCACUAAUGUCAACUCCAGAGCCUGAGGGUGCUUUUGCGUCACCUGCACCUGCAGAGACAGCAGUACAGAAAUGUGGUUCCUGAGGUUAAAGGUCACGCAGAAGCAGAACUGGCCUCAAUGGGGUCUGUUUUGCUGACUCAGAAGGCAGAUUGUGACAUAAAGGUCUGACAUCAGACCAGUUUUGCUCUGCGUGACCUUUUUAUUGGUGCAAAUUCUCACACUUUCUCUCUACCUCUGUCUCUCUCUCUCUCUCAUUCUUUUCUCCUCUUUUUGUGUCCCAUCAGCUAUAGUAUGUGAAGGUCUGUUCAUCAACUUCUGCCUCAGGAGUGGUUCAGAUCUGAUGUUUACCUACAGCUUUUAUAGUGACCAGCUCUUUUGCUAACUGACUGUAUAGUGACUGAGCACAUAUCACUGUCAUUAAAAAUAACAAAGGAGUUUAUUUAUAACCUCAUGUCAUGUUUGCCAUGACAAACGCAACCAAUAAAAUUGUGAAACUUCAA